AUGACCGUACCCCAUCACCAUCCAGCUAUUCACGAGAACCCACACUGCUACUACCAACAGUGCUAUGUAGGCCGUGCUGUCGUCGUGCUAGUCGACGAACCCGGCGGAUCCGUCGUCCACUCCGACGUCGCCCCAUCGAUAUACACCGAAGACGCCCUAAAACCCACCGUAAGCAGACAGACAGACAGACAGGGAAAAGAACCAACUCACAAACGCAUUCAGCUCCCGCGCAUACGCCUGCGACCACGCCGACAACCCCCGGAUGCCCGCCGCGUUAUCCUGCCCGAUAUACCAGCGCUCGGUGGCCGGGUGCCUGCAGGUAAUCGCGCUCGUGCGCGAGUUGUAGUUGGCCAUGGCACCCGUGUUCCACGCCGUGCCGUCGCGAUCGUACGUGCUCGAGAAGCGGAACUGGGCGCGCGCCGCCGAGUGCCGGCCCGCGACCGUCGUGAGCGUCUGGCUGUGGUACACCUGCAUCGAGGCCACGCCCGGGUAGAACGCCCCGCCGGUGACCUGGGUGUUGCGGAAGGUGCGGGCGUCGCGCGUGAUGUGCAGGUGGAAGACGAUCCAGAGGUCUGGGGGCGCCGUGUCGCCCGUGUCGCCCUUGCGCUUGUCGAGGUCGGCUUCGUCGACGUCGACUUCAUGGAGCGAGCGUUUGUAGAUGAAGUCGCUGGCCUGGCACAGCGCGGUGCUGGCGGCGCCGAGGUCGGCAAUGGCCUGCUGGGAGUCGGCGAUGUUGCAGAGCCACUCGGACACGAUGGACUCCGGGUCGUAGGUCGAGGUCCCCGACCAUGUCCCCGUGCCGUAGAAGGUGUCGCGGAAGGUGGCCAGGUUGGCGGACUCGGCGAGGAGGCCAUAGUCCGCCAGCUGGCUGUUGAAGUCCGUGUCCAGGUCGGUGCGGGCAGUGGGCGCGGUCAUCCAGACGACCAGGAUCUGCACGAGCGUCGUGAACACGCGCUCCUGGUCCGCCGUGCUGUCCCGCCGUUCAAAGGCCGCGCUGUACUGUGCGUCCUCGUUGGCCGAGCAGCUCGGGUCGGCCAGCCACUGGCCCAGGUAGUAGUGGAACUCAUACGCCGUCUGGUCCUCGUAGGGGUCGGAGCGCGGGGCCGUCGUGGUGGUGGUCGUCGUCGUCGUGCCGUUGCAGCAGUAGGCCUCGUUGCCAAAGUUGCAGCUGUCCGCCUUGCCGGGCUUGUUGCCCCCCAUGAGCACCUGGAUGCUCUCCUCUGCGAUGCGGAUGGCUCCCGAGGGGCAUGCGUCGGUGCAGUACUGCGUGUUGGGGAAGCUGACCUCGUGCCCGGUCCAGGCACAGUUGGUGAAGGCGUCCGGGAUGGAGCCCUUGCAGCAGUAGUUGUAGUUCUUGCUCCCCGAGCACGAGGAGCGCCCGCCCCAGCCCUGGCGAGAGCCCACCACGAACUGGUCGUACCCGGACGGGCAGGUGUCGUCGGACUCGCACUUGGCCGUCCACGCGCAGUCCGCCCAGGGCUGGGUCGAGUUGGUGACGGUGCAGCAGGCCGACUGGUAUCCCGAGUGGCAGCCGCUGGUAAUCGUGCCCACCUCGGCCUCGCCGUCGUCGCAGCCCCCCUUGCAUUUGCCGCUGUUGUGGAAGCCCCGCCAGCGACAGGUCGGCAGGUCCUCCGAGGUUGGGCAGCACAGGGUCUGCGUCUGGCCGCCCCCGGUCAGGCAUUCGGUCGAGUCCAGCAUGAGCUGGCUCGUCUUGUCCUCGCGCGUGAUCUCCUUGAACCCGGCGGGGCAGGUGUCGCCGCAGUUGAUGAACCGGCAGACGCUGUCCUGCGAGGAGGUCGUGGUGGUGGUGCUGGUUUCGUCGCCGGUGAGCGUCAAUCCCAGCCCCGUCGUGCUGUUGAUGUUGACCGGGUUCCCCAGCGCGGCCGCGAGCCCGUUGGAGAAGGUGUGCAUCUCGUCGUCCUCGCCGAUGGACCAGACCAGCACGCCUCCCAGGCACACCGACUUGGCGUAGUCGGCUUUGAGCUUCCAGGUCUCUUCGUCGUCGUACGAGACCCACUGGUCGGUGUCCCAGGUGAUGACCUUGACGGCCGCCUCCUCGUACAGCGUCCCAUUGACGCCGUUCUCCUGCAUGAUUUGCUCGAUUUCGCUGUUGAACAGGACGCCCGCCGUGUUGCUGCAGGUGCCCGCCGUGCCCGCGGAGAGAUACUCACAGCCAGGCUCCGAGCACGCGCCGCUCGCCAGGGUGUAGCUGCGGCCGUAGAAGGCCAGGCCAAGGUUGACCUUGGACGGGGUGACAUCCACACCCCAGAGCAGGUCCAGCGCGGUCUUGAUCUCGGUCAGGUUCGUGUGAGCAUCCAGGUAGGGCCCGGUCCACUCGUCUCCGAUAUCCCAAGUCCCAUGCAGGUCGUACGCCAUGAAAUUAAACCAGUCAACCGAGGGCUCAAUCGACUUGAGGUCAAAGUGCUGCAGGUACCAGUAGCUGGUGGGGAGAGUGAUGGACAGCCCGUAGCUGUACUCGCUCAGCGCGCUCUUCAAGCCCGCCAGGAAGGUCGGGAAGUUGUCAUAGUCCUCUGCACGGCCGUUGCGGUCAUCCGCAGCUGGAUACUCCCAGUCGAUGUCCACCCCGUUGAGCAAGCUAACAAAAAACACGUUCUGCUGAUCGGAAUCAGCAGCCGCCAAGUCGGAGAAGGUCGUCGCGGUGCGCUGGACGCUGUCCGAGAAGUCCCACCCUCCAAUCGAUAUCCACAGUUCCUGCUCCGAAUCGCGAUACUGCAAUGCCGCCAGCUGCUGGUAGAGUGUUUCAUCACUCUGCGCUGCGGGGAUGACCUCGAAGGUGUCCGGGUCGAUGCUCCCAAAGGCAAAGUAGAUGUGGGAGUACACGCCCUGGGGCACAGAGUAGGGCGCCAUGCCAUCGCAGCCGCGCGUGGCAGCCGCCGAGUUGUAGUACCCAAUCACGCGGGCGAUGGACUGGGAGCUGGCAUCACACGAGGGCACGGUGACAGUCUUGUUGCCGCAGAACUCCUCGGUUGUGCCGCAGAAGCCAUACGGGCUGCAGCAGACGUCGAGCGGGCAGGUCGUGGCAUUGACAUACUCGGCCGGCCAGCUGCCGGGGUUGCAUUCGGCUUUGGCGUCGCAGUUGUUGAUGCACACGUCGGCGCCGCAGUAGUCCGGCCCCAUGCCGCAGACGCCAUACUGGCCACAGCAGCCGAUCUCGCAGGGCACGGUGGCGCUGCAGGAUGUGUCUGCUGCUACCCCCGAUACCCCGACGCCCAGGCUGGCGAGCAGCUGUUGGGUGUUGACAAGGAGAGUGUAGCCCUUACGAGGCCAAUACAGGCGCUCACUGAUGAAGGUGUUGGCUACAAGUGGAAGUUGAGUCAGUAUCCGCAUGGCCAAGAGGUACACAAUACUAGAGCCAUGUGCUCAACUCCAUAUGACAUGAUUCUGAUUCGAGCCAGGUUGGAGUAUAUCAUCCAUGGCAAUAGCAGGUAUGAUACAAGUCAAGCCAUUCAAAACGCUGCAAAUAGAUUAACGGCUUCCGAAAAGGCUUAA